AUGGAAACUCUGUCAGACACCACGUGGGAUGUGAUCAUCAAUGGAACUGGGCUCGCCCAAUCCCUUCUGGCACUGGCCCUCUCACGAUCCGGAAAGAAGGUUCUUCAUGUGGACUCAAACCAAUACUAUGGUGGUCCAGAAGCAGCCUUCAGUCUUGAUGAGGCCCAAGAGUGGGCCGAAGCAGUCAAUAAAGAUUGCGAUGAAACACCCUUCAAAGAUGUCUCAAUUUUCACACAAGAUUCAUCCCCUUCAGCCGAGGGUUUAGAGGCAAGUGGGGUCACUCCCAGACUUGCCUCUAGCCGUGCUUACACCUUGUCCCUGUCCCCGUAUUUCCUCCAUGCCCGCUCCCAACUAAUGUCAGCUCUCGUGUCAUCGAAGGUCUUUCGUCAGCUGGAGUUCAUGGCUGUUGGCAGCUGGUGGAUCUACGCUCCCGAACAGCCUGAUGCCGAGAAUGAUGAACUCGGCGCAGAAAAGGUUCUCUACCGCGUGCCUGGCAACCGGGAGGAUGUCUUCGCUGCAACUCAUAUCAGCAUGAAGUCCAAGAGGACUCUCAUGCGGCUCCUGCGUCAUAUCACCAAACCAAAGGAGGAUGACACGGCAGAUGAAGACGAGGAUAUGUCAAUGCCCUUGAACGAAUAUCUGGUCUCCAAGUUCAGCGUCCCAGAGGAACUCCACAAUCCCCUGUUGUCUCUGUCCUUGUCCCAGCGUUCUCAACGGGAUACUCCUGCCAGCUAUGCUGUCUCCAGGAUCCAAAGACAUCUUGCAUCGAUCGGUCAUCUUGGCCCUGGGUUUGGAGCUGUGAUUGCUAAGUAUGGUGGCGGUGCUGAAAUAUUGCAAGCUGCCUGCCGUGCAUCUGCCGUGGGAGGAGGCGUAUAUGCCCUAGACACGCAGAUCACUGACUGUAUAUGCCGUACAAUCCCCGAAUUUUCGGAAUAUCCAUUCUUGGUGACUUUGGAUAAUACCGGGUCAGUCCAGGCGAAAUAUGUGUUCGACUGGAUAUCAGAUACUGAAUCCGAAGAGGGCUCGGAACCCUUGGUCGAAGUCGCGCGCUCGAUUAGUGUCGUCUCGGCUACUUUCCCCUCCCUUUUCCCUGUUACAGUCGAAGGAGGCCCCGUGCCCGCCACCGCACUACUCAUGUUUCCGGGCGAUACCUUGGGUAGUCCCCAAUCUCCGCCUGUAUACCUCCAGGUGCACUCAAGCGACACUGGCGAGUGUCCACACCAGCAGAGUGUUAUCUAUUGCAGCGUUGCGCUAGCGGGACCGGAGGGCCAAUCUCUACUAGAGUCUGCCGUGAGCAAACUCGUGCAAGCAGAGGGUCCCUCGGCUUGCGUCCUCUGGUCCUUGCGAUACACUCACUGCGGACAUCUCAAUAACGGCGGCGAUCCCCGAUCUCUCAUUGUUGAGGAAGGGGUCCCUGACUACUAUCUUUUCCCUCCAUCAAGUCUUGACUUGGCAAUGGAAGAUGACACCCUCGACCUCGUAAAAGAAGCUUGGAAGAGAGCUGUAGGAGAUGAUGUAGAUGAUGACGAUUUCAUGAAGUUCGACGAUCGCGAGGGCACGCUUGACCAAUGA